AUGUGCUGGUCGGCAAAAUCUCGAAAUCCGGGGAAGGCUGCUUACUUAACCAUUUUGGGACGAGGCUACAGACUUCCCGGAAGGUUAUGUAUAUUGAUCCGCCUCGAACUUUAUGUUACCAAGAAUGCGCCGAGUUUGAUAUUUGAAGUGAUAUAUCUUUGAUUUUUGAAGUGUGGAUGGAAUUGAAGGAUUAUUACGGUACUAAAGAAAUCUCUGCGAAUAAUUAAUUCCUACCACGAAUCUCUCCCUGCUCUUCUGUUCCAGUGCCUGCUUGAGCGCAUCAAAUAUCAAAAAUGUAGGUUCCACCUCCAACCUUUCUAAUGAAGUCUUUGACAGGCAAUUCUAACAUAGAAUUCAUAGGGUCGUCUUCGCUCUGACAAUAAUAAAUAAAGCCGGCGGUCUUAUAUACCAAAAAGAUUUCGCAGAUGGACUGAAUAAACUUUCUAUAAAUGAUUAUUUGGUUCUUGCUGGAACAUUUCAUGGGUACGUCUAUAUUUCUGUCUUCCCCUUCCUUCGUCUUUCCUUCAAGGCUAGAUUACCCUUCUCGAAUUCAAUGAUACCGUACUAACAAACCCCAGCGUCCACGCCAUCUCCACCCGUCUAAACCCCAUUCCAACGUCUCACCUCCCCCCAGGAUCCUCCCAUCUCCCAACAACAUCACACUCCAAAACUCUCUCCACCCUUUCCUCCCUCUCCUCAACUCCAGCUUCCGAUGAUCGACCCGAUCCUCCUUCCGGCAUCGAAGUACUAGAAACCACUUUAUUCCGCCUCCAAUGUUUCCAAACACUUACCGGCACGAAAUUUCUCUUAUUUACUGAACCUGGAAUGCCGAAUGUUGAGAGUAUUUUAAGAAAGAUAUAUGAAUUGUAUGCGGAUUAUGUCAUGAAGAAUCCUUUUUAUCAGUUGGAGAUGCCAAUUAGGUGUGAAAGGUUUGAGAGAGGGGUGGAGAGGUGGAUUAGGGGGGUUAACAUGAGGUAG